AUUCUAUCCAAGAAGGGAUUGGGCAUCAACAAAUCGAGACUAGGACGGAAACCCCACGGAUAAUGAGUAUCUACGUGGAAGACGUGAAUGCCCACACCUUGAUGAUUUUAGGCUUCGUUAGGAUAAAAUGGACAGUAACGUUAAGUUCCCAUUUAUGCUUCGAACCUCAACCGCCCACUUUAUACCUCUUCCGUUUUCCAUUCAUCAUAGAUCGUCAACUACGCGCUUUACAUUCGAAUACAGCACCAGAUCAUUGGUGUCUAAUUGAUAUUUUGAACCAAACUCGAGACGUCUCCGAUGACUUUGUAUCCAAUACCGAACUGAGAGAUUACUAUACAGAAUUCCUCCUCACAUAUCGAAUAUUGUUUGGUCAAAAAGCAUCUUCGCGAAGACAAUUUCUAAGAUCUUUCAAUCACGUGGAUGAACAUCUACAGUUCCUCAGUCGCCCUAAAGUUCUGGCCUCCUUGUGCCUAGAGAAGCUCUACGACUUGACCUGGACCAAAGAAAGGCAGGUUUAUUCUGCAAAUGAAGAUCUACCCUUCUUCGGAGACAAACUUCUCCGAGUCCAAAUUUACAUGAGCCAAAUGAGACCUACAGGUAUACGUGACCUCUGGAUGGACCGUCGAAGUAAGCAUACUUGGUGGACAUUCUGGGCAGUCAUCGUGAUCGGGAUUCCGAGCCUUCUCGUCAGCAUCCUGCAGUGUAUCCUGGCCGGCGUACAGAUAUCGGUGGCUAAAUCAAAUCAAUGACAUGUAUUCAUCUCUGAAUACUUGAUACCGACGUACAUAGCCUCCAAGUCGCUAGUUGCGGUGAAAAUCUAAAAGCAAAAACAUCGCAUUGGGCAACAUAAUGCGAUGCAGUUUUCCGCGGCUUGCGCGCUGUUAAUAUUCAAUUAGUAUAAGAUCAACGCGCUUAGACUUGCUAUAUUUUUGCACAUUGUAGCUUUCAAAGUUUCACUUGAGGCUCUACUUCUGCUACAAUAUCAACUCCAGAUACUUAGGUACCUACCUAAGCAGGAUAUGCCGAACACGGGAUGUGUCCAACGAUAAUGACCACAGCUUAGGCCAAUCAACAACACUGUGGCAUGCCCGUCCAUUCACCGGUCUCACAUCAACGGUUAUGAUCGCCUCUGUUAUCAGUCGAUUUGUGGGCGAAGUGGAAGUAUC